UCCCACUCAUCAACUUCUCUGCUCAAGAAAGACUCAUCACCCAAGAGAGAGGCUUACAAAGACUCAUCACCCAAGAGAGAGGCUCACACACCACUCCGCCUUUCAGUCCUCUCCACCUUCGAUCACAGCCAGUUGGAUCCCUUCAAUGGCUACCGCCGUCUCCACCGUCGGAGCUGUCAACAGAGCACCGCUGAGCUUGCACAGCUCUGGUGCUGGGUCUUCAGUUCCGAGCUCGGCCUUCUUGGGAAGCAGCUUGAAGAAGGUGAGCUCCAGUUUCACCCACCCGAAGAUCUCAUCUGGGAAUUUCAAGGUGGUUGCGGAAGUCGAUGAGGAUAAACAGACUAACAAGGACAAAUGGAAGGGUUUGGCCUUCGACACCUCAGACGACCAACAGGACAUCACCAGAGGGAAGGGAAUGGUGGACUCCCUCUUCCAAGCUCCCAGUGGAACUGGAACUCACUACGCUGUCUUGAGUUCAUACGAGUACCUCAGCACUGGUCUUCGCACGUACAAUUUGGACAACAACAUGGAUGGAUUCUACAUCGCUCCUGCUUUCAUGGACAAGCUCGUCGUUCACAUCACCAAGAACUUCAUGUCCUUGCCCAACAUCAAGGUUCCUCUCAUCCUGGGUAUCUGGGGAGGCAAAGGUCAGGGGAAAUCAUUCCAGUGUGAGCUCGUCUUCGCUAAGAUGGGAAUCAACCCAAUCAUGAUGAGCGCCGGAGAAUUGGAAAGCGGGAACGCCGGAGAACCGGCGAAGUUGAUCAGGCAGAGGUACCGUGAAGCAGCAGACAUAAUCAGGAAGGGAAAGAUGUGUGCCCUCUUCAUCAACGAUCUAGACGCAGGAGCUGGUAGGAUGGGUGCAACCACCCAAUACACAGUGAACAACCAGAUGGUGAACGCCACCCUCAUGAACAUCGCCGACAACCCAACAAGCGUGCAGCUCCCAGGGAUGUACAACAAGGAGGAGAACCCCCGUGUCCCCAUCAUCGUCACCGGUAAUGACUUCUCCACUCUCUAUGCGCCUCUCAUCCGUGAUGGGCGUAUGGAGAAGUUCUACUGGGCUCCUACCAGGGAUGACCGUAUCGGUGUCUGCACUGGUAUCUUCAAGAGCGAUAAUGUUCCCCAAGAGGAUGUCAUCAAGAUCGUCGACACCUUCCCUGGCCAAUCAAUCGAUUUCUUUGGUGCUCUGAGGGCGAGAGUGUACGAUGAUGAGGUGAGGAAGUGGAUAGGAGGAGUUGGAGUGGACACCAUCGGGAAGAAGUUGGUGAACUCCAAGGAGGGACCUCCGACCUUCGAGCAGCCGAAGAUGACACUGGAGAAGCUGCUUGAGUAUGGUAACAUGCUGGUCCAAGAGCAGGAGAAUGUGAAGAGAGUGCAGUUAGCAGACAAGUAUAUGAGCGAGGCUGCCCUUGGAGAAGCCAAUGCAGAUGCCAGCAGAGGAACUUUCUACGGCAAGGCGGCCCAACAAGUGAAUGUUCCAGUCCAAGAAGGUUGCACCGACCCAAAUGCAGCAAACUAUGAUCCCACAGCAAGGAGCGACAAUGGGAGUUGCACGUACAAAUUCUAAGGGCCUUCUUGCUUUCCUGAGAAAAUGGAGCUGUGUGGUCAAAGAAGGAUGAUAAAACGUUAACGUUUGGGAAGAGACGGAUAAUUUAUAUAUAAAUAAAAAUAUCUGUAACCUAAGUGGAUUAGUUAUCCUGUAAUUUUGUGCUGUAAUGUAUAUUGCUGAAUUUUAGGCUCCCUUUCUUUCUGCCUGUGUACACAACAGCAACAAUAAAUAAAACCUUAUUCCAACUUAA